UUUAACUCUUGGGUUUCGCAAACCUAAUUUGGACAGCGCGACCUGCCUCCUCUCCCCCCAUUGGUGCGAGCAAAAGCUUCCCAACAGACGAGCCGCUGCCAUUGGCUGGCCGAGCUGCCAAUUACUAAGUGGCUGCUGAUUUGGCUCCCUUGCCUGGUAGAUGUCAAAGGCUGAAGCUGCUCCCUUUGCCACAUUAUAACUAGUAGGGGAUCUACACCAACCAUGGCCACAGCUGCCUCUAAUCCCUACAGCAUUCUCAGUUCCAGCUCCUUAGUCCAUGCAGACUCCGCGGGCAUGCAGCAAGGGAGCCCCUUCAGAAACCCACAAAAACUUCUCCAAAGUGACUACCUGCAGGGAGUUCCCAGCAAUGGACACCCGCUCGGACACCACUGGGUGACCAGCCUGAGCGAUGGGAGCCCCUGGUCGUCCACCCUAGCGUCGAGCCCUUUAGACCAGCAAGACGUGAAACCAGGAAGAGAAGAUCUCCAGCUUGGCGCAAUCAUCCAUCACAGGUCGCCUCACGUUUCUCACCACUCGCCCCAUACAAAUCAUCCCAACGCGUGGGGAGCUAGCCCAGCUCAUAACUCAUCGAUAACCUCCAGCGGACAGCCUAUUAAUGUCUACUCCCAGCCUGGCUUCACAGUCAGUGGCAUGCUGGACCAUGGGGGUCUGACACCACCUCCAGCCUCCGCCACCACCCAGAGCUUGCACCCAGUGCUGAGGGACACCGCCGAGCACGGGGAUAUAGGCUCCCACCACUGUCAGGAUCACUCUGACGAGGAGACGCCGACAUCAGACGAGUUGGAACAGUUUGCAAAGCAGUUCAAACAAAGGAGAAUCAAGUUGGGCUUCACUCAAGCAGAUGUGGGCUUAGCACUGGGGACUCUCUAUGGCAAUGUUUUCUCCCAGACUACAAUCUGCAGGUUUGAAGCCCUGCAGCUCAGCUUUAAGAACAUGUGCAAACUGAAGCCACUGCUGAACAAGUGGUUAGAAGAGGCAGACUCAUCCACAGGUAGCCCGACGAGUAUUGACAAAAUAGCAGCCCAGGGCAGGAAAAGAAAGAAGAGAACCUCCAUAGAGGUGAGUGUCAAAGGGGUCCUGGAAACUCAUUUUCUUAAAUGUCCCAAACCUGCAGCCCAAGAGAUCUCCUCCUUGGCAGACAGCCUACAGUUAGAGAAAGAAGUGGUGCGUGUCUGGUUUUGUAACAGAAGACAAAAAGAGAAAAGAAUGACUCCGCCAGGGGAUCAGCAGCAGCACGAGGUUUAUUCUCAUAACGUGAAAACAGACACAUCCUGCCACGAUCUCUGACUAGAGGGCUCGGCUCUCAGACAGGACUGGCAACAGCGCGGAUUUUCUAAGAGGGGGUUAACUUAUGUUUAAAAAGAGGAAACAUAAAACAAAUCGGCCAAGACUUAGAGCAUGGGGCUUCCCGCUCCUCCGCCUGGGCAAUAUAUUCUCUCAAACCUUUUCGCUGAUCACUACGUAUUGUUUACUAUCAAACAAGGUUUGUUUUCGGUCUCCACUAGGAAGAAAAAGAGAGAGAGAGAGAGAAAGAGAGAGAGAGAGAGAGAGACAGAUGUGUGCCUAUGAAUAACCUUCCAGCGCCUUGGUUAUAUCAGCUGUAUUUCAGGUGAAUCUGUUUUACAAUAGACUAGUUUUGCAUUUUUAAAGACUUAUAUAGCGUUUUUAAAUGUCUGAGGUGUUUUACUACAAACUGUACACAAUAUUUGUGACAUUAUUCGUACCCACUCGAUCAGCCAACGUUUCUCCCGUCUCCAUGCAUUGAGCACGUCCCUCUUAUUUAAGGGGGGGGGCAGGGAUUAGACACGUCCCUUUCUCUUUAGGCAUCUCCCCUUCCUCCACAUCCCAAGCUAGGGGAGAAAGGGGUCCCUGUUCCGCACCCCAAAGGCAAGAAGUGGUGUCUGCUCCCCUUGAUCCUCUCGCACACUCGAGUGCCGCAUGCCCGCUGGGGCUCCUUCCUAGCUCUCUCCCUCCUCUGCAGUCGUUUCCCAGCACGGCCAAACGGUCAGAUUGAAAUGCUUAAAAAAACCCUAAAUAAGUAGAUAAAUACAAAAAUAAAACUAAGAUUCCGGCUCAUGGGGGAGGGGGGGGGAGGCAAAACAAAACAAGAGCUCCGAAAUUACGCAUCAGAGCCCAAAGCAAGCGUUGCCACUUCUUUUCUUUCCGAAGAUGUGCUGGGGCUUGUGAUCAGCGCCAGACUGCGAAGGUCUGUAGUAAAACACCUUUCUAAUUCUGCGCUUUGGCUUCGGAAAUCGGUUUCUGUCUUUUGUUUCAAUAUCUAAGCGGCCUCCCGAGGUGUCUACAUGAAUUCCGGGGAAAUGCCCGCAUUGAAUGAAUGCUGAGCUUAUUUCCGCCUCGCAGGGAGAUGCUAGGUUUGCUGAAAGGCUUUUAUAAAACAUUGAAAAAAUAAAAACAAAUAAUAAUAAAACAAGUCAAGAGGAUAAAACGCUAAAAAAAAGAAAAAUUAAAAAUCAAUGUAACAUUUCCCCCCUGGCAUAGGAAAGAGCUGUGCUGUCCCCUCCCCUCUGCCCCGACCCUCAGCAGACGUGGGCUUUACAGGCGUGUGGACACACACAUGUGCUAUGUAUGUGUGUACAGCUGCAGUACGUGCGUGUACAUGCAUACAUGAGACGUGUGUGUCCACCACAAGCAUACACAGAUCGAGAUAGAUAGAUAUAGAUAUCUAUAUAGAGAGAGAUCUGUCUGUCUAUCGAUGGACAUAUC